GAGUAUUUGUGUGUGUGUGUGUGUGGGUGUGUGAGUGUGUGUGUUUGCGCAUGAGAGUGAUUGUGUAAGUGCUCUUGUGUAUGGUGGGGGUUAAGUGUAAAUCUCCACUCCCUUUAGAAACUGGCUAAACUCAUCAGUAUGUAAUUUGUAUAGCUCAAAAAUAUGUACAUGUAUUCUUUGUUUCUGCACAGUCAUUCAGUGAUAUUCAUCACCAAGCAGGUUAAUAAACAAACAAUCACCACCCUGUCAUAUGUGUGUUUGUGUGUGUGAUCUUUAUGAGUAAAUCUACACUCUCUGCUCAGCCUGCUCUGCUCAGCCUGGCCUCAGUCCAACACCACACCUCCCGCAGCUGUGGGCUGAACCAGGAAGUCACUCCCACUCUCUCUGUCACGCAGUUUCAGAGAAACGAAACUUAACUCUGUCUCUGUCAGUGUGAGCAGUAAAAUGGCUGAAGGUGGAGGUUUACUGGAUCAGGACCAGUUCAGCUGUGCGAUCUGUCUGGAUCUACUGAAGGAUCCGGUGACUAUUCCCUGUGGACACAAUUACUGUACGGGCUGUAUUAAGGGCUGCUGGGAUCAGGAUGAUCAUACUGGUGUCUACAGCUGUCCCCAGUGCAGAGAGACCGUCACCCCAAGGCCUGUUUUAAGAAAAAACACCAUGCUGGCUGAAGUGGUGGAGAAACUGAAGAAGACAGGACUCCAAGCUGCUCCUCCUGCUCACUGUUACGCUGGACUUGGAGACGUGGCAUGUGAUGUCUGCACUGGGAGAAAGCGCAAAGCUGUCAAGACCUGUCUGGUGUGUCUGGCCUCUUACUGUGAAACGCACCUCAAACUUCAUAAUGAACUCCACCCAGGAAACACACAUAAUGUCAUCAAUGCUACUAGAAACCUGCAGGAGAACAUUUGCCCUCAACAUAAAAAACUGCUGGAGGUUUACUGUCGUACUGAUCAGCAGUGUAUCUGUCUGCUGUGUGUGAUGGAUGAACACAGCGGGCAUAAAACAGUCUCAACUGCAGUAGAAAGGACUGAGAAAAAGAAGCAGCUGGGGGCGACACAGACUAAACUCCAGCAGAGAAUCCAGGAGAGGGAGAAGGAGCUACAGGAUCUGAGACAGGCUGUGCAGUCAAUCAAGCGCUCUGCACAGGCAGCAGUGGAGGACAGUGAGAGGAUCUUUACUGAGCUGAUCCGCUCCAUUGAGAGAAGACGCCCUGAGGUGAAAGAGCUGAUCAGAGAUCAGGAGAAGGCUGAAUUGAGUCGGGCUGAAGGACUCCUGGAGCGACUAGAGCAGGAGAUUGCUGAGCUGAGGAGGAGAGAUGCUGAGCUGGAGCAGUUUUCACACACAGAGGAUCACAUCCAGUUUCUUCAGAGCUGUCAGUCUGUCUGUGCCCUUUCUGGACCUGGAGACUUUCCCAGCAUCAUUGUCAGUCCACACGACUUGUUUGAGGCUCUGACGAAAUCUGUCUCUGAACUGAAAGAGCGACUGGAGGACGUCUGCCAGGUGGAAUUAGCGAAGAUUUCUAUAAAAGUGGGAGAAGUUCAUAAUGAGCCCAGGACCAGAGAAGACUUCUUACAAUAUUCCUGUCAGCUCACUCUGGACCCCAACACAGCACAUAAACAGCUCUCUCUGUCUGAGGGGAACAGAGAGGUGACCUGUGGGUUCCACAGCCAGCCAUAUCCUGAUCAUCCAGAGAGAUUUGACGACUGGCCCCAAGUGCUGUGCAGAGAGGGUCUGUCUGGACGCUGUUACUGGGAGUUUGAGUGGAGAGGGAAUGGGGUUUAUAUAGCAGUCUCAUAUAAAGAGAUCAGCAGGAAAGGGCGGGGUUAUGAAAGCGGUCUGGGACGUAAUAACAAAUCCUGGAGUUUGCUCUCCUCUUCCGGCGGUUACUCUUUCCUGCACAAUGAUGAGAGCACUGUAAUCCCUGGUCCCCCCUCCUCCAGAAUAGGAGUGUACCUGGAUCACAGGGCAGGAACUCUGUCUUUCUACAGCGUCUCUGACACAAUGACCCUCCUGCACAGAGUCCAGAUCACAUUCACUCAGGCCCUCUAUCCUGGGUUUGGGGUUUAUUUUGGAUCCUCUGUAAAGCUGUGUGAUCUGGGAUGAGGCAGCGAGCGAUGGGAAGACCUGGGCCCUGGUUCUGAGGCUAGGCUAGCUCAGUUAGCAUUGCGGCCGUACAGAGCGCUCGUUUGCUCGCCUGUCUCUGCUCCUCUGCUCCUCGCGUCUGCAGGCACACUCAGCAGAACCCUGCUCCUUUGCUUGAGGCUUCAGUGCUCGACUAAUCAAGUCCUAAUUCACGUUUAUGAAACAGAGUUAGCCAGAAUUAAAUUCCCGACAUUAUUUGACACAGCGUCAUAUUACCCUGUAUUUUUAAGUGACAUACAUGAAACAGGGCCCAGCUGUAAUUAAAGUGGGAGGAAAAACAUUCAGAUGAUUUAAUUAAAUAUUAGUCUUAAAUUAAUUAAACAAAUAUAGAUUCUAGUUUGAUUUAACACUGAUUAUUUUGCUGCAUAAGAGAUUUUUAAACCGAUUGAAUUUAUAAACAAGUUUUAUAAAACUUCUUAUUUUUAAAGUGUAUUAAAUUUGAGGUGGUAUAAUAGAAUUAUAGUUUUGGGGGAGUUUUUUAAAGGCACUUACUCAUUCAAAUAAAUGAAAUAUACAGAAAACAGAAUACAUUUCUUUUAAAAGAUGAAA